CCCCGCCGCUGUACUGAGGCCGGGGCUCGUGACACCCAGGCCUGGCCCCAGCCCCCCCGCACCAGCCCCUGCCCACCCAGGGGUGCGCCCAGCUGUCGCCAAGCCCUUCGCUGCCUCCACGCUGCCCCCCCGCCCAGGCCAGCCUCUGCCUGGUGCCCUCCCUGCCAUGGGGUGCCUGUGGGGCACCAGCCCCUCUCCCUGCGUGGCCAUGCCAUGGGGAGUGGGGGUUGCAGGUCUGGGCCGGGGUGGGGGCAGGAGGGGCAGGCCUGAUGCCCUGGUGAGGGGCUCCCUGCCAGCUGGCCCAGCCGUGCUCCCAGGCAUGAACAUGCACGGACGCUCACCAAGAGCCCCCCCCCCCCCCCAGGCCAGCCAGGGGCACAGGGGCGGGUGCAGGGGUGCCCUGGAGCGGCACGAAGGGACCCCAGGCGUCCCGGCCCCUUUCGGACCCGACCCGCUGGGCAGCACCCUGCCCCCAGGGCUGCACCAGGAGGGCUGAGGGGCACCUGCAGGGGGGCGGGGGGCUUUGCUCUGUGUGCGUGCGUGUGUGUGUGCACGCGCGUGUCUGUGGGUGUGUGUACACCUUUGUGUUUGUGUGUGUGCGCAUACACGUGUGAACGUGUUUGUGCGUGCUGUGUUUGCAUAUAUGUGUGUGCGUGAGUACAUUUGCGUGCAUGCAUGUGCAUGCAUGCGUGUCUGUGUGCAGGCACAUAUGUGGGUGUGCAGGCACGUGUGUACACGCCUGUGCGUGUGUGCACACGCGUCUGUGCUGUGUGUGAGUGCAGGGUGUGCAUGUGCACCCGAGCGUGUGCAGGCGCGUGCACCUGGGGGUGUCUGUGUGUGUGUGCGCACAGCCGGGCAGGUGCCAGGGUGCCCCGUGCUGUGGGGCCGGGCCGCGGGGUGCCCUGGCCUCUGCACCGCCUGCCUCCGUCCCGCCAGGCCUCCAAUAAAGUCCGUCGUGUGAGCAGCGCCCCGGGUGCCUCUUUUGCGGCUCGGGGCACCCUUGGCCCUGCCGGGGCAGCCCGGCACGGGGAGGGUCGUGGGGCUGCGCUGGCAGCGGCGGCAGGGCCCCCUGCACGCCCCCCCCCCACCCCCCCGGCGGCCUCGCAGGGUGACGAGAGGCCCCAGCCCUUAUCGCGCAUUCCUGGGCCGCGGUGGCCGUGCCGCGGCUACCGGGCUAAUUAUGGGCAUCCGCAGGCUGCGGGCGCCCGGCCCCCUCCCCUUGGCUGGGGCGGCGGGGGUCUUGCGCCCGCCUGGCCGGCAGCAUGGCCUCGCGCAGCUCGGCCGCCACGUACCGCGCCGGGCGCAUUGGCACCUACGGCCAGGGCCCGGGGGCCGGCGAGCCCCGCUUCGAGGGCGACCGGCGGCACGGCCCCUUCGGGGCUCGGGCGCACGAUGCCUUCGGGUACCCAGGGUCCCCGGGCGCCGUGUGCCCCUGCAGCCUGGGCACCUGGGUGCGGGCCCAGGGCGACACCUACCAGGUGGUGGCCGACGUGAGCCAGUUCGAGCCCCCCGACAUCGUGGUGACCACGUCCAACUGCCACGUCGCCAUCCAGGCCGAGAAGGUGGCCGAGGACGGCACCGUCUGCGACACCUUCACCCACAAGUGCCAGCUGCCCGAGGACAUGGACCCGCUGUCGGUGAGCUGCGCCCUGACCGAGGCGGGCACGCUGGUCAUCACCGCGCGGCGCCGCACCGGCACCCGCCCCCGCGAGCCCCCGCAGCCGCUCUACCGCAGCGAGGCCAGGCUGUGAGCGGCACCGCGCACCGGCACCCCUGCUGCCCCACGGCCCCGUGCCCCCUCCUGGCGCCAUGCUAAAUAAAGGCUUCUCGCCCCCGCGGUGAUGCCGACCGUGUCGCGUGUGCCGGGUGCGCGGCCGGGCCCCGGCGCGGGCAGGGAGCCCCCCGGCAGCAGCGGUGCCCCCGGCUGUGCCCGUCCCCUCCGUGCCCAGGGCUGCCACAGAGCUCCACCUUGACGGCUCUA